AUGGCUGAAGGCAACCGUUCGCUCGUGAAUUCCCUCAUCGAUCAGCUCAAGCUGCAGGCUGCCCCUCGUCCCGCCGCUGCAGAACAAGCUCGAGGGGAAGCGCAAAGCAGCCCCGAGUCGCAAGAGACUGUCAAGGCAUCUUACGACGCACCGAAAGUGAUGCCUCCGGAUCUCUGGGAGCAGCUCCUUGACGAGUGUACAGUCCUGACAAACUGCGAGUUUGGCCAGGUAGGCUACCGAGACAUUAAGGAGGUGGCUGUUGAAUGGGACUACUAG